UGGACGACUUACCUAAACAUAGGGUCAUAAUGGCGGAGAUUAGCAGUGAACAGAAAAAGUCUGACGAAUCUUUAGAAAAAAAGGAUAAAGAAAUCGAAGAGGACGAUUUAGAUGCAUUACUUGACGAAGCGCUAGAAGAUUUCGACAAGCCAGUGCCAUCAACCGAAUCAACAACCGGCACAAAAGCAGGAAAUGACUCAAAGGUGGAACCCCAUCCAGCGAGUGUGCAUGCUCCUGGAAACAAUCCUAAUAAUGAUCCAUUGUUUGAAGCUUUGUGGAAAGACGAUUCGUUGAUGAAAAUGGCUGAUGGUUUUUCUGAUGUGUUGGAACAAAUGUCGAAGGAAGAUCCCGAAAUGAUGGCUGAGUUUAAAAAGUUUAAAGAUAAUAUUGGAAGUACUGCAAAUUCUAGUGAAGCUCAAGAACCCACUAAUAUUGAUGAAAAUUUCGCAAAGACAUUAAAUGAGAUGAGUAAAAACUUACAAGGAUUGAAUACAUCUGAUGGUGAGGCAGGCUUUGAAGACAUGCUGAAGCAACUGCAAGGUGAAAUGGGAGGUAUGCCAACGGAAGGUAUGAUGCCUGAUGGAGAUUCUUUUAUGUCGAUGAUGCAUGGCAUGAUGCAGAACCUAUUGACCAAAGAUUUGUUGUAUCCGUCACUAAAGGAAAUAAAAGAUAAGUAUCCAUCAUGGCUUGAGAAAAACGAGAACAAAAUUUCCAAAGCUGAGCUCGAGAAGUACAAAGGUCAGGAACUAGUUGUGGCUAAGUUAUGUCUGCUAUUCGAGCAGGAAAAAGAUACUGAUAGCGACGCUGUGAAAACAGAAAGAAUGGAUAAAGUCAUGGAACUUAUGCAGAAGAUGCAGGAGUAUGGCCACCCUCCUGCAGAUAUGAUGACAGAAGUUGUUGGUGAAGGAGAGCAAGCCACACCCCCACCUCCACCAGAGUGCUCAAUCAUGUAAAAGAAGCGUUUGGACGCCUUCUUAUUAUCGUGGGAACAAGAGCAGAUAGGAAUGCUGACCGUUGAAAGAAAAACGAAAUAGCAAAGCUAAUCUUGGUCUUAAAAUAAAGCAGAUAAAUCCAGUAAGUUGUUACCUACAGACAGCCGUAAUUAGGGCGUGUAUGUUAAUCAAAAUGAAAUAAACAGUAUCUUGUUGGUGGACAGAUAGAUGUAUUUUAUGUUUAUCUAUGAUUGAUUUUUCGGACAUUAAUUUCUAUAUUAUUAUAUUUUUGUAUAUUUUACAAUUGUAGUCAUCAGUUAGCCACUUAAAUUCAUCAA